GCGCCGUUACGCCUAGUCCGCGGCGGCGGCUGUGAGCUGGCUGCUCCAGCGGGUAGCGGUCCCUGGGUACCGGCGGGGGCCAUGAUCCGGCAGGACCUCUCCACGUCCUACCAGGAGCUGAGUGAGGAGCUGGACCAGGUGGUUGAGAACUCAGAGCAGGCUGAGGAGGGUCAGGACAAGCAAUCAGUCCAAAGUCCAGGUGCCUUGCCAGGCCUGGACAGCGAGUCUGCCUCUAGCAGCAUCCGCUUCAGCAAGGCCUGCCUGAAGAACGUCUUCUCUGUCCUGCUCAUCUUCAUCUACCUGCUGCUCAUGGCCGUGGCCGUCUUCCUGGUCUACCAGACCAUCACGGACUUCCGAGAGAAGCUCAAGCACCCUGUCAUGUCCGUGUCCUACAAGGAAGUGGACCGCUAUGAUGCUCCAGGAAUUGCCCUCUAUCCUGGUCAGGCCCAGCUGCUCAGCUGUAAGCACCACUACGAGGUCAUUCCACCUCUGACCAGCCCUGGCCAGCCGGGAGACAGGAACUGCACAACCCAGAGGAUCAGCUACACUCACCCCUUUUCUAGUCACACUGUGAAGUCUGCCCUGAUUGUCCGGGGGCCCCAGGAAGUGAAGAAGCGGGAGCUGGUCUUCCUUCAGUUCCGCCUGAACCAGAGCAAUGAGGACUUCAGCGCCAUCGACUACCUCCUCUUCUCCUCUUUCCAGGAGUUCAUGCAAAGCCCAGACAGGGAAGGCUUCAUGCAGGCUUGUGAGAGUGCCUACUCCAGCUGGAAGUUUUCAGGGGGCUUCCGCACCUGGGUUAAGAUGUCGCUGGUGAAGACCAAGGAGGAGGAUGGGCGGGAAGCUGUCGAGUUCCGGCAAGAGACCAGUGUGGUUAAUUACAUUGACCAGAGACCAGCCGCCGAGAGAAGUGCUCAGUUGUUCUUUGUGGUCUUCGAGUGGAAAGAUCCUUUUAUCCAGAAAGUCCAAGAUAUCAUCACAGCCAAUCCUUGGAACACCAUCGCACUUCUCUGUGGGGCCUUUCUGGCAUUAUUCAAAGCAGCAGAGUUUGCCAAACUGAGUGUGAAAUGGAUGAUCAAAAUCAGGAAGCGAUACCUUAAAAGAAGAGGCCAAGCGACAAACCACAUAAGCUGAAGUUGCCCCCACGACACUGCUGCAUUGAUAGACCGAGGCACCAGCAUCCUGCACUCACUUGAAAGGGACCUUGAAGGGAAGAACAGCUCGUCACACUGGACGGUCUAAGUAACCCAGAAAGAGGCUAUUCUGAGCCCAACAGGAAACUCAGUGGAUAACCUGAAGAUAUUUAAGUAUUUAAAUUAUUGAUGAACACCUCACAGAGCUGUCCAGUGACUUGGGGGAGGGGAAGUUUCCUUCCUGUUGACUCACUGCAUAGUCAAGCUCCAGGUUAAGGCUCCCUCCUUACCAUAGAUUAUUUCCUUGUAAAGUGAACAGCUGUGUGAUUUUUCUUUAACCAAAAAGCCUACGGAGGUGCACAGGUCAUGCCUUAGAAUCCAGGCAUUGUAACAAACCCUCGUGAUUUUGACACUGCCCACUGGUGCUGUCCAGGCUUGGACAAGCUGUUACUAAAUGAGAUGUCUUUUUUGAGAUAGCCUCUCACUCUGUAGUUCUGCUGGCCUUGAAACUCUGUAAUCCAUCUGUGCCUCCCACGUGCUGGGAUUAAGGCUGUGUACUACCAUGCUUGGCCUUAAAUGAGAUAGUGAAGGCCACUAGAAACAAGUGGUUUUCUGAUGGAGUAACUAACCCCCUACUUCUCAAGCUGGACUCUGAUGCAGUGCAAGUUCAGUGAUUAACCCCAGGAGCACUGAUGUAUAUAGUAGGUACCUGCUUAGUGUACUUUGAUUUCAUUAACAGGUAAAUAAAGUUAACACAAAGGAUUGAGUGCCAGCUUGAGUAGCUGCUAAACCAGCAGGCACCCAUGCUCCUUCAUGCCUGACCACCAAACAGGUAGGUAGAGUCUGGACUGCCAACAAGGAUGGAUCUGACUGUGGUAUGUCCUCACCGUGAAGGUAAGCCAGGCGUGGUGAUGGAGAGGGCCAGGAAGAGGGCCAGAUGCCACUAAAAAUAUGCUAGUUAAUGGUUCAGUAUCUAUAAACACCUCUUUGGCCUUUUAGGCUUCUGGUCUAACCUUCAACAGAUUGGGUGUGUGUGUCGUACACACUACAUAUUUUCCACAUUGAUGGUUAUGAAAAGUGUUCUCAGACUUUUUGAAAUUAAUUUUAAGCAUGUGCAUUCAGAGGGAAUAUGGUAGCAUUUCCCAAAUUCAGUCAGGUCUGAAAAAAUCCAAAAGAGAACUACUCACGUGUCUAAAGAGGGUUAGGGUUAAUUUUAAUCUAAUUUAGCAGUAAGAAACUGUUUUUGGCUGAUUUUACUAAAAUAAACCUGUAUAGGUAAAUACCCACUAGGCGUGGUGGCACACACCUUUGAUCCCAGCACUUGAGAGGCAGAGGCAGGUGGAUCUCUCUGAGUUCCAGGCGAGUUGGGGCUACAGGGAGACCCUGGCUCAAAAAAAAAAAUAUAUUCCCUGCUACCUUUGUGUGUCACGUAGGUAUGAGAAUUCAAAGUUAGCUGAAAGUCUCGGGGCAGGAGUGCAGCUCAAAAGUAGGUGUGUCCUUGGCAUGAGGGGCUCUGGGUUAUAUAAACUCUAAGAAUGACGUAUCAUUUUAAUAAUUGUUUUUCUGUACUGUAUAAAGUUGAGCUGUUGGGUUUGCUUUAUGUAAUUAGGAUGUAUUUGUGCCUGUUCAGAGGAAGAAAGCCCAAUGGCCACUUCUGGAAAGACAUCUGUUUUGUGACAGGUUUGUCUCUCUGUGCUGUCCCCAGUCAGCAGCACUGGGCCUGAAAGCAGCUUGUCUGGCCAGCAGUGCAGUGUUCCUGGGUGCUCCCUGCUUGAACGCAGUGAGAAAUACAUGCCAUUGCACCCAGCAAGUUUCUUACAGGACCACAGACAGCAGAGGGUCUGCUUUCACAGUGACCUACGAGCCCCAUGCAGAGCCUGUGCUAGUUUUGUUUAAGCGUGUAGACAUAAAGGUAAGUGAAGCUGUUACACCUUCCAACCUUCACAGAAGUACUGCUGUAGAUUAAGAGAUUUAUCCUCCUGAGCCUUUGUUAACUAAAUUAGCUUUAAUGUUAAAACUAUCCUCUGAACACAGAGGGAUAUGAAGAAGAUGGAUAUUGUACAGCUUAGAAUUUUAUGAAAAGAUCCAUGAGCCCCAAGCUUCCUGUUUUUAAUCAGAACUCUCCCCACAAUUUGUGGCCAUUUUCUGUGAAUAUGCUUACAUAUACAAAAGGGUAGGCCUCCUGAAUGCUUAGUAUUAGAGCUGAAAAACCAAAAAUGACAGAAGGCAAAAUACAAACAUAGGCUUUAUUAAAUGCUGCUCAGUCCCCAGUGAAGAUCUUUUAUUAUAAAACACAACUGCAAGGCAAGAUUGGAAUGGUACUCUGAUAACAAAAGAUGUAAGAAAUACUUGACCAGGUAAGAACAUACAAGACUUCUACAUAGUCAGUCUCAGAGGACGCCUACUGCAUUUCCUUUAAAGCCAGGCAGUGACAGCUAGCAGCCUACAUCACACUGUGGGACUCAGCCUCCUGCCUGCAUCUGGUGGGGCUGGGCAGGGUGGGUCAGGGACUGGAAAGGCCCUGCCUCCAGCCCGAGGAGAUUAGAGGAAUGAAGGAGAGGUGAGCCUAGCAUCCACCCUGCAGCCACUACUCUGUUCACACCUGGGGUUGCAGCUGCUGAAGGGAGGUAUUUGGGGACAGAAGAAGUUUGGUUUACUUUCCCCCAGCUUUUAUAUUUUGUGCUUUAGAAGCCUGAAAACAUGAGGCUUUUCAGAACCCAGAGUGUAGUAAGAUUUUGGGGGAGGGCUUUUAUCCCACCAUCUUCUAGGAGACAAAGGGAAGGACAGAUGCCUCUGUUUCCCUAGAAAGGGUUCUUUCCUUGGAUUAACUAAGGUCUGCAGCAAUGUGAAAAGCACAUUAUAAAAGGGAAAAUGUACAGAGCGGCCUACUUAGAUGAUCUAUGUGCAACACAAUCAAUUCAAGUCAUAAUUCUUACCACUCCCAUAAUUACCUCACUCAUAUCAGAUGAUAAAAUUCAUUUCUGUGAAACUUCAAAAGUGACACAAUCAAUGAGCAGACAAAGGUUACAAUAUACGGUGGCCAUGAUACAGCAUGGGGCUAUGUUUAAUCCAUAUUUUUUUCACUUAGA